GCGCCGGGGUGGAUUCCGCUCCUCAGGUACGCAGCACCGACACCCGCCUCCACAGCACACACACAUCCCCCACCACGAACCGUCUGUUUGUUGCUUGCUUCAGAAGUCUGCAGGUCGGUAUGUACGUCAUCACACUGCCCGACACGGGAGGCGGGCCGAUAGGUCCAGGGCCGCCGGGGAUGCCCGGAUCUCCCACGGCGGCGCAGAGGCAGCAGUCGGCACGAUUCUGCGCGACGGUGAUGCUGUUCAUUUGUAUCAUGCUUCUGAUGAGGAUACAGCACGACCACUAUGUCACAAUGAUUGAAAACAAGAAGAAAAUGCCCAGGAAGGUAGGAGAGAGGGAGAGGGAGAGGGAGAGGAAGAGUGUGUGUGCAUCCAUUUGUGUGUGUGUGUGUGUGUGUGUGGUGCAGCAUUAUCCGUUUGACCUUGAGAGCUUCACCAAGGACCCGCACACCAUCCUCGGCGCCAUCCACCUGUCGCCCUCUCCCCCCUCGCCCUCCUCCUUCUUCCACUUCCCGCUCAACGCCACCCUCCACACAAAGCAGCGGCAGCACACAGCCACCCUCAUCACCUCGCAGGUAGCUUCAGGCAGCCGCACAUCCGUCGACGAUUAGUCCAUCCAUGGACUGGAGGUGUGUGUGUGUUGGCUGUUGGCUCUUUUGGUGUGUGUGUGUGGCAGGCACACACGUCUUUCUUCAGCAACGCCGCCAAUCCCAAGCAGGAGCAGUCGACCUACUUCUUCUCGCCGGCGGACAAGGGCGGCAUGGACGACAUGAUCGCCCUGCAAGUCACCUACGAGAACGCCAUGUGUCAUGACACAACGACUGCUGAGGAGCGGGAGGGCGAGGGGGAGGCCGUGUGCUAUGUCGGCGUGCGGAGCGCCCCUGCUGACCAGUGCGACGCCUGCAAGAGCCAGAACCACAAUCACACAGACAAAGAGAAAGGGGCUAGUGGUAGUGGUAGUGGCCCGCCGCUGCGCUGCCUCUCCGUCGUGAGCGCCACAUCGUCUGUGAACGACCUGGCCGACGCCGGCCGGCAAUCGAACCACACCUUCUGUGGCAGCCCAAUAGACGGGCUGGUGGCCAUCGACGCGAGAAGGAGGCGGGUGUUCUUUGUGGCGCCACACAAAGGGGGCGGGCGGACGUCUUUCUGCGUGCGUGUGUACUCCAUGGAUGACGAUGGUGACAGAAGGGGGUCGGUCAGCGAUUGUCAUGUGUUGGACAUUCCUGAGCUGAGGACUCCCGUGCAGAGGGCGCCGGUCUAUGUGGGUUAUGUGGAUGGGGGGCGGGUUGGGGGAGGCGGUGGCGGUGGGGGUGGGGCGCUGUGUGUGUAUUACUAUGUCGAGGGGUCGGUCUUGGGCAAUGUGCUCGCUGUGGAUAUUCUCGAUGUCGACAACAACAUGGUAGACACAGACAGACGGAGGGAGGGAGUGCGAAUGCAUCGUCUCGCUUCUUUCAUUUCCUUCAGGUGCGUCGCGCGCCGACCAAGAAGUUCUACACGCUCACUUCUGGUGCGUCAGUCAGAGGCACCCAAACAAAACAAACGGGGUGGAUACGUGUGUGUGACUGUGUGGUGUGGUGUGGUGCAGGCUGGCUGCUGUCGAUACAAGAGCGGCGGAAGCAGACUGGCGUGCCCAUCCAGGAGAGGGGAUACAUCAUGUUACUCGGUGAGAGAGAGACACCACCCACACACCUCACACACAGACGCCGACCUGAGUGCGUGUGUGUGUGUAGGUGAGACUCCCCACCCCAACUUGCUUCAUGUGCUCGAUAUGGGAAAUCCUGACGGGGGGGUGGAUCUGCACGUGUGGGAUAACAAGGGGAACCACUACAGGCCGCCGUAGUCGAGACCCGCCCUUACGAUUCUAUCUAUUGUCGGCGACCUUCGUCCUGUGCUGCAGCACCACUUGAAUAGCACGCCUUAGCCACACAGACAGACAGACAGACAGAGAUCCAUGCCCAUGGAUGGGGCCCUGAGUGUUUGCGUGUACGGACGGCUGCUGACAGACAGACACACACACACACGCACACGUACACACACGGAGCGGACGACAGACACACGAC